AUGUUCAAUGGCAAAAGAAUCCCAAUGAAAGUAUUGGAUAUUUGUUAGGAUCAAACAGAUUAAAUACCUAUAACAAAGUCUAAGUCAGCAACCAAAUAGCACUAUAGGUCUAAAUCGACACCGUCCUCUUUUUCAGAACUUUAAAUAUCCAAUAACGAAAAUCAAAACAAUUUGCCAACCAAAAAUUCCUUAUUAAUUCCAUUCAGAAAGGCUGUUCAAAAGAUAUCGUCCUAAACAAAAAACGCCAAUCCCAGAAGAAAAUCAUGUUAUGGUUCUUUGUUUGGUAAUAUCCAAUAAAAAUAAAUUGAUCAUCUACCUACUGUCAUCGAAAUGCAUAGGAGAAUAAAUGGGAAGGAAUUUGCUCUUUCAAGCUUUACAUAGCUAUUAAAAAAGAGUCAAAGGAACUCUCCUCAAUGUCUUACAUCAAAAAACAAGAUUAUUCAAGAGGAAUUUGUUGUUGAACAUGAUACAAUGGAAAGACCUCCUACUUGUAAGACGAUUUAAAAUUAUAAAACUCUAAAAGUUAGUUAAAAGUUAUCGCUUCAUAGUUCUCUUAAAUGUAGUUCUUAUGAGUGGCAAUAAUAAAAGUUUUCGUGCUUCAGGAAUGAUUCGAAAUCCAGAAAAAUAAAAUUAAGCUCAAUUCCAUUUAUAAAUUCUGUCAAAAGCAGAAAAUAAACUAUCAAAUUACAAUCUUGUUUGAGUGAAUUGUUAAUCGCAAAAGGUGCUGUCAAUUCUACUUAUAGAUCGAUGUAAUAAGAAUCUCCAUAUCAAAAAUAAAAAGAAUUUUUGUAGAAAUAAAUUAAAUUCGAACUCAAAAGUAGAUCUAUCCAUAAUACGAAGGCCAUGAUUAGUGUAUUUUGUUAUUGA